GUCACAGAAGACUACUUGGGUUCACGGUCUCUAAUAUUUCAGACAGGAGCUCCCUUUAGUGAGUCCUUCUUUUCCUGACUGCAGUUCUUUUCAUUUUGCCAUCCUUUUCCAGCUCCAUGAUGGUUCUGCAGGUUUCUGCAGCCCCCAGGACAGUGGGUCUGAUGGCGUUACUGAUGGUGCUGCUCACAUCUGUGGUCCAGGGCCGGGCCACUCCAGAGAAUUACCUGUUCCAGGGACGGCAGGAAUGCUACGCGAUUAACGGGACACAGCGCUUCCUGGAGAGAUACAUCUACAACCGGGAGGAGCUCCUGCGCUUCGACAGCGACGUGGGGGAGUACCGGGCGGUGACGGAGCUGGGGCGGCCUGAGGCGGAAUACUGGAACAGCCAGAAGGACAUCCUGGAGGAGAAGCGGGCAGUGGUGGACACGAUGUGCAGACACAACUACGAGCUGGACGAGGCCGUGACCCUGCAGCGCCGAGGUGAGUGAGGGCUUUGGGCCGGGGGUCCCAGGGCAGCCACGGGGGCCCAUGCCCAGGGCCCAGAAGCAGCCGGGCCGGCCUAAGGGACCUUAGUGCCAGAUGGAAAGGGGACUUUGGGCUGGGGAUUCAUGGGGGAGCCCAUCUGGAGCAUGUCAGGGGAGGGAGCGUGCGGACCUGGACUGGGCUGAUCAUGGAGUGAGGAGGAUGGGAGCAGAGAGACCCCCUGGACUUCAUCAGGCCUGGCAGCUGACUGCAUGUGGGAUGAGAGGAAAGGAGGCCACAGGAGAGCGUGCAGGGGUGUGGUGUGGAGAUGGAGGUGGAGACGGCACAGCAGGCCAUACAGAGAAGAAACCUGCAGGGAGACCCCUGGGUUUCAGAUGCUUGAGUGGCCAGAUGGAUGGUCUGAGGGGAAGGUAAACAGAAGGGUCUGCAGCCAGGGAGG